UGUCCUCGUAAGUAACGUCAUUUGAUUGGCACCGCAUCCCCCAAACCUGAUUUACAUGUGAAUGUUACGGCUAUAAGGAAGAUGGCCGACAACCGUAGUGAUUUUACGUACCGAGUUUCUCCCGGCUUUUUUUCCCCGAGGUCUGCUUCUCAGGCAAAGAAUGACAGCCCUCCUUUGGAGGUACAGUAAUCCACGAGGAGGCUGGCUUUGACUUGCUCUCUUGCCUGUGGGUCAACCGUCGGCACAGCACGUCGCAGACUCUUGAGGAAGUUCAGUGAGUAACGUAAGAUCCCAGGGAACCUUGACUAGACCACGGUACAAGUACGUCAUGAAGAAAAAAGAUCAAGGAACAGGUCGAGAAUUCAAAAUGGCGGAAACAGGAAAAGUCAACUUGUUGUGGUGGGUGCUGCUGUGUCUGAUCAUUCUGUUUCUUCUGGAUCUGAACGUGAACUUCACCGGACAGAUGUGGGAUCAGCUGGACAUGGCGACAUCUAAACGUCUUCAGAAGCAACGACAAAAUUCAAGUGACGCAGUGUUCGGAGGACAAGGCCGACUUGUGACAGCGGCAGAGAACGUGACAUCUCUCCCGUCUCUCCCGUCGGAACUCAGGACCAUGGGACAAAACUGGAGCCUGUCGUCCGGGGACUCUUGCACGAAGCCUGUUACCAACUUUGUUUUUAUCAAGGUCCACAAGACUGGUUCAGACAGUACAGCCGUCAUCUUGCUGAGGUUCGCCUACAACCAUCACAUGACCAUGUGCUAUGGAACCAACGGAAUGAGACUUACUUUUCCCAGGACGGAGAUAUACAAGACUAACUGCGCUCGUUGGAAAGUGUUUGAGAAUCGCUUCAAUUUCCUCGUACAGCACACCGUCUUCAACAAGACACUGAUGGACCGGAUCAUGACACCGGGAACUAGGUACAUCGGCAUCAUGCGUGAACCUCUCAGCCAUUUCCGUUCACAGUUCUUCUACUUUGAAAAGCCCCUACGCUACGGGUUAACGAAAAGUCGGAAUCCGCUGGGAGACUUUCUGGAUAACCCCGAGCGGUAUGAACAUGAGCUGGCACUGACGGAAAAUAUAGGGAGAAGUAGGGAGAGAAACAAGCAAGCUUACGUCAUGGGUUUCCCGCCACAUCUCCUCGGUACACAGGACACUAGGCUCAUGGAUAAUCUAAUCAAGCAGCUCGACCAAUGGUACACCUUCGUCAUCAUCAGCGAGUACUACGAUGAGUCUCUUGUCAUGUUGAGGCGGAGGCUGUGUUGGGGUUUGUUUGACAUACUACACGCCAAUAAAAAGGUCAACAAGCAACACAAUCGACAGGAAUACGUCCCCCUCACGGUAAAACAGUUGGAGAAUCAUAGAAGAAUCAACACCAUAGACUUGAGAAUGUACGACUUCUUCAACAGGACAUUCUGGAGGAGCGUGGAACAGGAAACGCGAAAGGGAUUCUGGGAGGAAGUGACGUACUUUAAGGAGGUAGUGAAGAGAGUCAACACUUUCUGCUCCAAACGUACGAAAGAGAAGCAUUUAGAAAUUCCUACCAGUAAAUGGAACAAGCCAUUCUCAGUCAAUGGAGACUUUUGUGGAGGUUUGAGUCGGAAUCCGAAAAUAUGGGCCAAGAAAUUAUUUGAUCAGAUGGUACAGAGUGUUAAGAAAAGACAACAUCUAUAAAUGUUGCAUGAAA